AAAAUGAGAGAGAGCUUAGCUUCACCAAAUGGUUCAUUUACUAGUGCCAUGACACUUAAUGAAGAGGGACUAACCUAUGUUCCCAAGCGUUACAUCCUUCCACCAACCCUACGGCCAAACGGAACCUCGUGUAACACAUGCUUGCCAAUUGUGGAUCUAGCUUAUCUGCAACACCCUCUUCACCGGCCUCAGAUAAUCCAGCAAGUACACCUGGCUUGCAAGGAAUUUGGUUUCUUCCAGGUAGUUAACCAUGAAAUCCCAUUGUCAGUCAUGAACGAUGCCAUAGAUGCUGCAAGUGAAUUCUUCAAUUUACCGACUCAAGAUAAAAGGCAUCUAUUGUCUUCAAAUGUUCAUGACCCCGUAAGAUAUGGUACCAGUCUAAAUCAUGUCAAAGAUAAAGUACACUUUUGGAGAGACUUCCUCAAGCACUACGCCAAUCCAACCUCAACUUGGAUUGACUUGUGGCCAUCAAAUCCCACAUGUUACAAGAAGAAUAUGGGAAACUACACCAUGGCAGCACAAAAGUUGCAAGAAAAACUCAUGGAAGUGAUAUUUGAGAGCUUAGGACUAAACCAGAAUUACUUACAUGAAGACGUUGUGGAAGGCUCCCAGGUCAUGGCAGUUAAUUGCUAUCCAGCAUGUCCUGAGCCAGAUCUUACAUUAGGAUUGCCACCACACACAGAUUAUGGUAUGCUAACCAUCAUUCUACAAAAUCAUCAAGGCUUGCAAAUCAUGGAUCGAGAUGAGAAGUGGCAUUCAGUUCCACUCACUGAAGGAGCUCUCAUUGUUCAGUUGGGAGAUCAGAUGGAAGUAUUGAGCAAUGGCAGAUACAAAAGCGUUCUCCACCGAGCAACAGUUAACUCAGAAAGAAAACGCAUUUCGAUUGCCAGUCUUCAUAGUCUAGCUUUAGGUAAAAAAGUUAGACCUGCAUCAGAGCUUGUCAAUGAACAACAUAUCUUGUCCUACAAAGAAGGAAGCUUCAGCGAUUUCCUUGACUUCAUUUCUGGAGAAGAUAUCGUGGAAGCAAAGUACAUAGACAAAUUAAAAAUAAACUCAUGA